AUGCCCAACCCGACUCAAGUACCGCAUGAAUUCGAGAGAUCCUACUUAGGAUCGGACAACUACCCACUCAAUCAUGUGUCAGCCAGUUCGUACGGAGGAGCCAAUCUGUCGGAGCAAAGGAGGAGGCUCAUUAAUCGAGGGAGAACUCUCUUCGUCCGCAAUGAAAAGGCCAAAAUUCCCAUUCGCGACAUAACGGGAGCCGGCAAAGUCAGGAAAGACAACGUGUUGAACGACGAUCACCUGAAAGAGCUCUUGGGUGAUAUGACUAUAGCCAGUCCAGGCCCGCAGGGACCAAUGCAGCCCUCAGCAUCUAGAGUGUUGGCGUUUCAGAAAGACGUAAAAUGCCGUUUCGCAUUCCUCGUCGCCGAAAACGCUCUGGCACCUUUGGAAGCGCGGCCAAAGAUGCUGAUGCGUCUUUUGACAUUCUACCAAGUGAUGCCACAAUUUCUAGACUUUCUCUACGUGUAUGGGUCACCUCAUGGCGAAGAUAAGAAUCUCCGCUUCAGUGGCUUCAGAACCGAGAAGGUUCUCAUAAAUCCUGUGCCAGGGACAUGCAUUCCAGACAUGGGCCGCAGUGGCAGGAGAUUUCAACUUUGCUACAAUCUUAAAACGGUAGGGCUCAAGUUUGAGCAACCAGGUCAGGAGGUUGAUAAGAUCUGGAAAAUCAGGCAAGCGGCCAUUCACCAUCAAUUCGACAUUGGAUCCGGCGUUCAGACAUGGAUUAUUGGAGAUCCGCACGCAGCCGUCAAAGGCCGUGUCCAGGAGCUUUUCCACGAGAGUCGGGAACAUUCCGCCAAGUUCGGGACAGUAGAGCAGUCUCUACUCUCAUCUCUAGAGGUACAUCUUGCUCUGGCCAGAUGGGCAACAUCAGAAUGGAGAUGGAAUGUGCAGUCACUUGAAGAAAUCAUUGACAAUUUGACUCUCAAGAUCGUUUACAUACAAAAGUCUGACUUGGAGACACUUGACUCUGAAUCUCUGGGAAACGUCCAAGAGUGGGAAGACAAAACCAACGAGACCAUCAUGGUAAUGGGGUCGAAUGCCGAUAUAUUAACGUUGCUGAGGAAAUUCUACAAAGAACUCGUCGAAGAUCAGAAUUUCCCGAGCGGUGAGCUCAAAGCUUGCAAACAAGCUGUGAAGGAUUUCGCGUUUCAACUCGACGAGAUCAUAUAUGACACCCAAAUGCAAAUCUCUAGGGCCAAGGUUCUAGUUAAGAUAGUGGCAGACAGAAAGGCAAUUCUCAUUCAACACCUUCAGACGCAGGCUGCCUUGGUUGCAUCGAAGCUCACAGCAAGCAUGUACGACCAAGCCGAUCGUAGUGCCAUGGAAGCAGUUGCCAUGCGUAUCGUGACAGUCGUCACGCUUAUCUACCUUCCAGCAACAUUUUCAAGUACCUUCUUCAGCACCGAUGUUGUAAAAUACGAAGAUGGAGUCAAGUUCUCUAAGGUUGCGUUUGAAAGAUUCCUUCAGGUUACCAUCCCUUUGAUGGUGAUUACUUUUCUUCUUGCAGGGGGUUGGUUCUGGUGGGAAUGGCAAAAAAGAUCACGAAGCUCCAUGGCAACCAGGAAUGCGAACCCAAGCGUCUUCCCACUACAUGAACUUGUGUCUCAAAAGGGACUCCUAUGA